AUGGCGUUCCUUCAUGGUGUUCUCAGUGCAGUGAGGGAUGAUGAUAGUGUGAAAACUUAUGAUAAAAAUGGUGAUAACAUUACUAAAGUUAUUACCACUUUACAUGAUAGUGUAGGCAAAGGCCGUGAGGCCUUCGGUGUCGCCGUGACUGAGGUGGAGGAGAGGACUGAUAAAGUGACUGCGGAAUUAGGUGAAAAUGAUAAUGUGUAUUACAAGAGAGUGACGGAACAAGAAGGGAGCAAGCUGGAGGAGCAAUUGGAGCACUGGAAGUCCACCUUAGUAAGCCUCAAAAAUGAGGUUGACGGCAUUCAAAACACGCAAAUUAAAGCUUUAGAUAACACAUUACAAUCACAAAUAACUCACAAAAUAGAACCGAUAACUAGCGUUAUCGAUCACUUGCAGAGAUCAGCUAGCGAUGAGGUCAUGGCGGCGUGCCAGGGUGUGGAUGAUAGGCUCACGGAGCAGCAGAAAAUAGUUAUAGAACAGAUAAAAGAGUAUUGUGAAGGCUUAUUAGAGCUUUUAUAUGAAGAGUGUGAUAAGGUAUUCAACGAACUUGCCGGUUUGAAUGAUAAAAAGGAUGCAGAGAUUGAAAAAAUAAAGAAAGCCGUGGAGAAGUCGAAAGAGUUGGCUGUGUUGUAUUUCAAUAAAUUUGAAGCCAAUUACAGGUUGCCGAUUUCUAGGCAUUUCGAAAAGAUCAAUGAAGCGUUGCAGCCGAUUACUCCGAAGGGUGACGGUCAACACUCCCAGCUUUAUGACGAAGUUGAUGAUAUAAAGAGACAGCUUAUGGACGUGGGAGGAGACCUAAGCGGCAAAAUUGUGAACUUGAAUGAUUGGAAGGUGGCGGCCGAGAAGGUUGUCGACGCGGCCCAAAAAAAGUGUAAUGAGGUCCUUAAGAGAGUCGAUAAAAAUCAUGAAGAGAAUGGUGGAGGAAAGAAUGGCCCUGUGAUUUAUACGCAAGCUCAGGAUUUACAAGAUAAAGCUACCGCACUAUUGCUGGCUUACAGCAAGGCGCAGGGUGGACUGAAAGAAUUAGUAAGUGGAAUUAAGAAACAAGUUGAUGGUCUAAAAAAGCAUAUAGUUAAGGAUUUGGGAUUGUUAAAAGGGAGAGUAGAAGGUAAAAUUGAGGAGCAUGUGAAAGGAAUAAUAAAUGCUGUGCUGGAAGCAGCAGCGAAUGCAAAAACUGUUUUGACAAGUGACGUAGAUAAUGCUGUCAAAACGCUCGGAAAAGCUUUGCAGAACGUUGAUGGGCUGACUGCUUUGGGACAACGUAUUGGCUCAUUGAAUAACGGUGAUAAUUCGGCGCUCAAAAUUCAAAGUUUCUUAAAGCUGUUGAAAGACAAUCUUAAACUAAACAGUCCACCCACAACUGGGAAGUAUACCAUUGACACUCUGCCACAAAAAGAUGAUCAGGAAGUCGCCAAGACCUUCAUAGAUGAAUUCAAAAGGAAAGCUGGAGAGGAAUUCAAAAAUCCUGAGAAAAUGACAAGCCCAGAUGAUGACAAACAUGUGCUGUUCAAGGUUGUCAUGGGACAGUAUCAUACAAACGCAAUAGAUCCGGCCAAGGAAUUAAAUGAGGCGAUUGAGAAAGUUAAUAAGGCUCUGGAUGCUUUCACGACAGGUGAAAGUGGUAAAGAAGCUCCCAUCUCAAGUGGUGGCAUAAAUGCCAAAGAAAUCGAAUUUAGACGCAUAGCCUCCACUAUCACCGACGAACUCCCUAACAUUGCUUGGUUAGUUGAGAAGGACAAGGGAACCGUGCCGACCGGUAAGGCCGGUAACGAGGAUGGCAUUCUAGAUAUAUUAAAAGAGCUUAGAACCAAUGCGCUUGGUGAGAAUGAAUGGAAUAAAAUUACAGGGAAGACAAGAAGUGCGCUUGGAAAACUUAAGACGGAACUUAGCGCGCUGUAUGAGAAUGAGUUUACUAGCGAAUCAAAAAGCAAAAUUCACAAAGCCAUCACUAAGGUGAUUGCGACCGUUACAGAACUGGAAAAGGUGCCUAGUGACGUAAAGAAACAAAAGGAAAUAGUGGAUGGGCUUUUGCAGCAGUUGAGAGACAAGUUCGACGCCCUUGCAUGGCAAAUUGAUGGUAUUCAACCAAAGAUUGUCCGUUCGGAAUCCGUAUUAAACGACGUAAUUCAAUGCGUGAAUCAAUCCGUGUUUUCAGCCCGCAAGACUCUUACGGAUACAACACAAAAAAUCGAAAAGGACCUCACCGAAACUGCGAAAAAUGCCUUCGAAGAGAUCACCGUCCAAGUCAGACUUCUAUUCUCGCACUCCCGAACGGCCGACCUAACCGCCCUCCAAAAACUAGUCAACGCACAAAAAACAGCGAUCGAAGGCAUAAUCACAAAAGACUUGGCGAAUGGCGUCAAAGGCCUUUUGGACAAAAUGCUUAAAACUCAUCAAAUUCUCGGACCAAUGAAAGAUGACAAAGAAUUGAAAAACGGAACUCCAAAAUUCAAGCAUUUCUACGAAGGACUCUGGUCUUACAUCAUUGGUCAAAUUGCCGACCAUCCCUCCAAGGAGAAAGCGUCAAAAGUCAACAAAGCGUUAACUGACUUACUCCAGAAAAUGAUAAAAGAAAACCAUUUCAGUUAUGAGGUGUCCGAUUUGAUCAAAAAGGCUGCCGACAUCGCCGAAAAAUUCUCCCCCGCCAAAUUCACUGACUCCUCCAGUCCCAUCCUGCAAGCGCUCAAGGACGGAAUCGGCGCCCUGGCCAAGCAACUCGGCUACGCAUAUGUGAGCACGUACUGUUGUAGAAAGUUUGACGGUGCGUUGCUUGAUCCUGACGAUCCCGCUGUGCCAGACGACAAACGCAAAUUGACUGAGUACGGCAAGAAGCUGUCUAAGGUUUUCAUGACCUGUCUGCCUGGUUGGGGUAAACAUCUCGAUUGGCUGAGGAGGCAUUGUGAUAAGGAUCCGAAGGGUCCGUGGAAUGGUCUGCAGAUUACUAAAUUAAAAAAUAAUCCCCUCGGACUCUGGUUUGACUCCCGCGGUUACAAGGUGUCAGAUUCAGAAAAGCCGGAGGGCGAAUUAAAUAUCAUACAGGAUCCAAAACAUGGUAUCCACGGUCUCCUCGUCGACAACAGAGAGAUUGAAAAACGUCUGUACAGAAACGAUGAUGAAAAGAAAGAUCCCGGCACACUUAGGGAGGUAUGCAAAUACCUCCCCCUCUAUUUCCAAGUCCGUCAUCAUGAGCACUUUGACUCACCAAAGCCUCCAACGACAGUAUCUCAUAUGCUGCAGUGGAUUACCGGACUGACGUAUAAUCCCAUGCUUGAAAAACUCGACUCACAUUUUACCACAAUGUUUCAAGGCCUGAAAAAAGCGUAUAAAUUAGACAAUCCGCACAUAGCUAUCACUAAGCCGUUCACACUUAGCGGUGCUCUAAACGACAAUACCAUUAGAUCCAGUUACUUAAGCGCCGUACUUCGCAAAGUUUGCGAAACGGCCGAAAGUGUGUUAAUUGCCUUCCAGGGCCACGGCCACGCGGCUGGCCGCUACGCCUGUGAGUACAGUAGUAACGUAGAUAAACUGGACUAUACAACUAGCCCAUCUAAAUGUUUCGAUUUGCUAUGCGAAAUAUGCCUUAAACUACAUGAUCAGCUUAACUUCCUUUAUAGGCAUUGUUCUCAUCCAAGUAAACUCGGUGGGUGGCAAGACUGUUGGUAUGGCAACGGCGUCGCUGGUACUAGCUGGCAGUGCAAUAACUUGCAAUGUCCAGACCAACCAUACAACCAAGAGGGUAACCAAAAGCAUAACCAACAGUGCGACCAAAACUGUAACCAAAAUGCUGACUGCGGUCUCAAAUCGCCGCUUCAAUCAUACUUGAAGACGGUCUUCCAGGUUUCAUACCGCACCACCUUAAAAAGCUUGGUUGUGGAGUGGAAUGUUCCCUCGGUAAGCAUAGGGGGUUACCAUGCCUAA